UAAAACCAGGGCAUCAUGUCUGGUGUCAUUUUUCUCCUCGUCCUCACGAUCCAGGCUGUGACGGCUCAGCAAGCAAUUCGUCUGGUUGGAGGAGGAAGCUCGUGUCAAGGCAGGGUGGAGGUCCUCUAUGCUGGCUCCUGGGGCACGGUCUGCGAUGAUUACUGGAACAUCAAUGAUGCCCAGGUCGUCUGCCGCAUGGUCGGCUGUGGAGUUGCUCUUUCUGCCCAAUCAAAUGCCUACUUUGGUCAAGGCAAUGGCACCAUCUGGCUGGAUGAUGUGACAUGCAAUGGAUCCGAGUCCUCUUUAGGAAAUUGUCCUCACCUGCCAUGGGGGCAACACAACUGCGUUCAUGGUGAAGAUGCUGGUGUCAUUUGCAGUGCUCACGUAAGCUCAUCACCCACUACAAGGCAGCCGACAUCUCAACCAAUUGAAUCGGCGAUUCGUCUGGUUGGAGGAGUUGGCCCAUGUCAAGGCAGAGUGGAGGUCCUCUAUAAUGGCUCCUGGGGUACGGUUUGUGAUGAUUACUGGGACAUAAAUGAUGCCCUGGUUGUCUGCCGAAAGGUCGGCUGUGGAGCUGCUCUUUCUGCCCCAUCAAAUGCCUUCUUUGGUCAGGGCAUUGGCACCAUCUUGUUGGAUGAUGUGACAUGCAAUGGAUCCGAGUCCUCUUUAGGAAAUUGUCCUCAUCUGCCAUGGGGGCAACACAACUGUGUUCAUGGUGAAGAUGCUGGUGUCAUUUGCAGUGUUCCAACAAGUACAUCAACUACUACACGCAAGCCAACAACUCAACCACCUGAGACAGCCAUUCGCCUGGUUGGAGGAGGAAGCCCAUGUCAAGGCAGGGUGGAGGUCCUCUAUGCUGGCUCCUGGGGCACGGUCUGUGAUGAUUACUGGGACAUCAAUGAUGCCCAGGUUGUUUGCCGAAAGGUCGGCUGUGGAGCUGCUCUUUCUGCCCCAUCAAAUGCCUACUUUGGUCAGGGCAUUGGCGCCAUCUUGUUGGAUGAUGUGACAUGCAAUGGAUCCGAGUCCUCUUUAGGAACUUGUCCUCAUCUGCCAUGGGGGCAACACAACUGCGUUCAUGGUGAAGAUGCUGGUGUCAUUUGCAGUGCUCAAACACGCUCAUCACCUACCACAAGCCAGCCGACCUCUCAACCGAUUGAAUCAGCGAUUCGCCUGGUUGGAGGAGGCCCAUGUCAAGGCAGAGUGGAGGUCCUCUAUGCUGGCUCCUGGGGCACGGUCUGUGAUGAUUACUGGAACAUCAAUGAUGCCCAGGUUGUCUGCCGAAAGGUCGGCUGUGGAGCUGCUCUUUCUGCCCCAUCAAAUGCCUACUUUGGUCAAGGCAUUGGCACCAUCUGGCUGGAUGAUGUCGGAUGCAAUGGUUCUGAAUCCUUUCUGGGAUCAUGUUCUCAUCGCCCAUGGGGACAGCAUGACUGUAGCCACAGUGAAGAUGCUAGCGUCAUUUGCAGCGCUCAAACAAGUACAUCAACCACUACAAGGCAGCCAACAACUCAACCCCCGGAGACGGCCAUUCGCCUGGUUGGAGGAGUAGGAAGCUCGUGUCAAGGCAGGGUGGAGGUCCUCUAUGCUGGCUCCUGGGGCACGGUCUGCGAUGAUUACUGGAACAUCAAUGAUGCCCAGGUCGUCUGCCGCAUGGUCGGCUGUGGAGUUGCUCUUUCUGCCCAAUCAAAUGCCUACUUUGGUCAAGGCAAUGGCACCAUCUGGCUGGAUGAUGUGACAUGCAAUGGAUCCGAGUCCUCUUUAGGAAAUUGUCCUCACCUGCCAUGGGGGCAACACAACUGCGUUCAUGGUGAAGAUGCUGGUGUCAUUUGCAGUGCUCACGUAAGCUCAUCACCCACUACAAGGCAGCCGACAUCUCAACCAAUUGAAUCGGCGAUUCGUCUGGUUGGAGGAGUUGGCCCAUGUCAAGGCAGAGUGGAGGUCCUCUAUAAUGGCUCCUGGGGUACGGUUUGUGAUGAUUACUGGGACAUAAAUGAUGCCCUGGUUGUCUGCCGAAAGGUCGGCUGUGGAGCUGCUCUUUCUGCCCCAUCAAAUGCCUUCUUUGGUCAGGGCAUUGGCACCAUCUUGUUGGAUGAUGUGACAUGCAAUGGAUCCGAGUCCUCUUUAGGAAAUUGUCCUCAUCUGCCAUGGGGGCAACACAACUGUGUUCAUGGUGAAGAUGCUGGUGUCAUUUGCAGUGUUCCAACAAGUACAUCAACUACUACACGCAAGCCAACAACUCAACCACCUGAGACAGCCAUUCGCCUGGUUGGAGGAGGAAGCCCAUGUCAAGGCAGGGUGGAGGUCCUCUAUGCUGGCUCCUGGGGCACGGUCUGUGAUGAUUACUGGGACAUCAAUGAUGCCCAGGUUGUUUGCCGAAAGGUCGGCUGUGGAGCUGCUCUUUCUGCCCCAUCAAAUGCCUACUUUGGUCAGGGCAUUGGCGCCAUCUUGUUGGAUGAUGUGACAUGCAAUGGAUCCGAGUCCUCUUUAGGAACUUGUCCUCAUCUGCCAUGGGGGCAACACAACUGCGUUCAUGGUGAAGAUGCUGGUGUCAUUUGCAGUGCUCAAACACGCUCAUCACCUACCACAAGCCAGCCGACCUCUCAACCGAUUGAAUCAGCGAUUCGCCUGGUUGGAGGAGGAGGCCCAUGUCAAGGCAGAGUGGAGGUCCUCUAUGCUGGCUCCUGGGGCACGGUCUGUGAUGAUUACUGGAACAUCAAUGAUGCCCAGGUUGUCUGCCGAAAGGUCGGCUGUGGAGCUGCUCUUUCUGCCCCAUCAAAUGCCUACUUUGGUCAAGGCAUUGGCACCAUCUGGCUGGAUGAUGUCGGAUGCAAUGGUUCUGAAUCCUUUCUGGGAUCAUGUUCUCAUCGCCCAUGGGGACAGCAUGACUGUAGCCACAGUGAAGAUGCUAGCGUCAUUUGCAGCGCUCAAACAAGUACAUCAACCACUACAAGGCAGCCAACAACUCAACCCCCGGAGACGGCCAUUCGCCUGGUUGGAGGAGUAGGCCCAUGUCAAGGCAGAGUGGAGGUCCUUUAUGCUGGCUCCUGGGGAACGGUUUGUGAUGAUUACUGGAACAUCGAUGAUGCCCAGGUUGUCUGCCGAAAGGUCGGCUGUGGAGCUGCUCUUUCUGCCCAAUCGAAUGCCUAUUUUGGUCAGGGCAUUGGUGCCAUCUUGUUGGAUGAUGUGACAUGCAUUGGAUCCGAGUCCUCUUUAGGAAAUUGUCCUCAUCUGCCAUGGGGGCAACACAACUGCGUUCAUGGUGAAGAUGCUGGUGUCAUUUGCAGUGCUCAAACAAGCUCAUCGCCCACUAAAAGCCAGCCGACAUCUCAACAGAUUGCAAUUCGUCUGGUUGGAGGAGGAAGCUCGUGUCAAGGCAGGGUGGAGGUCCUCUAUGCUGGCUCCUGGGGCACGGUCUGCGAUGAUUACUGGAACAUCAAUGAUGCCCAGGUCGUCUGCCGCAUGGUCGGCUGUGGAGUUGCUCUUUCUGCCCAAUCAAAUGCCUACUUUGGUCAAGGCAAUGGCACCAUCUGGCUGGAUGAUGUGACAUGCAAUGGAUCCGAGUCCUCUUUAGGAAAUUGUCCUCACCUGCCAUGGGGGCAACACAACUGCGUUCAUGGUGAAGAUGCUGGUGUCAUUUGCAGUGCUCACGUAAGCUCAUCACCCACUACAAGGCAGCCGACAUCUCAACCAAUUGAAUCGGCGAUUCGCCUGGUUGGAGGAGGAGGCCCAUGUCAAGGCAGAGUGGAGGUCCUCUAUGCUGGCUCCUGGGGCACGGUCUGCGAUGAUUACUGGGACAUCAAUGAUGCCCUGGUUGUCUGCCGAAAGGUCGGGUGUGGAGCUGCUCUUUCUGCCCCAUCAAAUGCCUACUUUGGUCAGGGCAUUGGCACCAUCUUGUUGGAUGAUGUAACAUGCAAUGGAUCCGAGUCCUCUUUAGGAAAUUGUCCUCAUCUGCCAUGGGGGCAACACAACUGCGUUCAUGCUGAAGAUGCUGGUGUCAUUUGCAGUGUUCCAACAAGUACAUCAACUACUACAAGCAAGCCAACAACUCAACCCCCUGAGACAGCCAUUCGCCUGGUUGGAGGAGGAAGCCCAUGUCAAGGCAGGGUGGAGGUCCUCUAUGCUGGCUCCUGGGGCACGGUCUGUGAUGAUUACUGGGACAUCAAUGAUGCCCAGGUUGUCUGCCGAAAGGUCGGCUGUGGAGCUGCUCUUUCUGCCCCAUCAAAUGCCUACUUUGGUCAGGGCAUUGGCGCCAUCUUGUUGGAUGAUGUGACAUGCAAUGGAUCCGAGUCCUCUAUAGGAAAUUGUCCUCAUCUGCCAUGGGGGCAACACAACUGCGUUCAUGCUGAAGAUGCUGGUGUCAUUUGCAGUGCAUGUGAUACUAUAAUAAACUAUUGGCUUUUUACAAUCGCCAUCUCUCCAGAAUCAGCGAUUCGCCUGGUUGGAGGAGGAAGCUCAUGUCAAGGCAGAGUGGAGGUCCUCUACACUGGUUCCUGGGGCACGGUCUGUGAUGAUUUCUGGGACAUCAACGAUGCCCUGGUUGUCUGCCGAAAGGUCGGCUGUGGAGCUCCAAUUUCUGCCCAAUCAAAUGCCUACUUUGGUCAAGGCAUUGGCACCAUCUGGCUGGAUGAUGUCAGAUGCAAUGGUUCUGAAUCCUUUCUGGGAUCAUGUUCUCAUCGCCCAUGGGGACAGCAUGACUGUAGCCACAGUGAAGAUGCUAGCGUCAUUUGCACCGCUCAAACAAGUACAUCAACCACUACAAGACAGCCAACAACCCAACCCCCUGAAUCAGCCAUUCGCCUGGUUGGAGGAGGAAGCUCAUGUCAAGGCAGAGUGGAGGUCCUCUAUGCUGGUUCCUGGGGCACGGUCUGUGAUGAUUUCUGGGACAUCAAUGAUGCCCAGGUUGUCUGUCGCAUGGUCGGCUGUGGAGCUGCUCUUUCUGCCCCAUCAAAUGCCUACUUUGGUCAGGGCAUUGGCACCAUCUGGCUGGAUGAUGUGACAUGCAAUGGGUUGGAGUCCUCUUUAGGAAAUUGUCCUCAUCUGCCAUGGGGGCAACACAACUGUGGUCAUGGUGAAGAUGCUGGUGUCAUUUGCAGUGCUCAAACAAGCUCAUCACCCACUACAAGGCAGCCGACAUCUCAACCAAUGGAAUCAGCGAUUCGCCUGGUUGGAGGAGGAAGCUCAUGUCAAGGCAGAGUGGAGGUCCUCUAUGCUGGUUCCUGGGGCACGGUCUGUGAUGAUUUCUGGGACAUCAAUGAUGCCCAGGUUGUCUGUCGCAUGGUCGGCUGUGGAGCUGCUCUUUCUGCCCCAUCAAAUGCCUACUUUGGUCAGGGCAUUGGCACCAUCUGGCUGGAUGAUGUGACAUGCAAUGGGUUGGAGUCCUCUUUAGGAAAUUGUCCUCAUCUGCCAUGGGGGCAACACAACUGUGGUCAUGGUGAAGAUGCUGGUGUCAUUUGCAGUGCUCAAACAAGCUCAUCACCCACUACAAGGCAGCCGACAUCUCAACCAAUGGAAUCAGCGAUUCGCCUGGUUGGAGGAGGAAGCUCAUGUCAAGGCAGAGUGGAGGUCCUCUAUGCUGGUUCCUGGGGCACGGUCUGUGAUGAUUUAUGGGACAUCAAUGAUGCCCAGGUUGUCUGUCGCAUGGUUGGUUGUGGAGUUGCUCUUUCUGCCCCAUCAAAUGCCCACUUUGGUCAGGGCAAUGGCACCAUCUGGCUGGAUGACGUCAGAUGCAAUGGUUCUGAAUCCUUUCUGGGACCAUGCUCUCAUCGCCCAUGGGGACAACAUGACUGUAGCCACAGUGAAGAUGCUAGCGUCCUUUGCAGCGCUCAAACAAGUGCAUCAACAACGACAAGGCAGCCAACAACUCAAGCCCCUGAGACAGCCAUUCGUCUGGUUGGAGGAGUAGGCCCAUGUCAAGGCAGAGUGGAGGUCCUCUAUUCUGGGUCCUGGGGCACGGUCUGUGAUGAUGGCUGGAACAUCAAUGAUGCCCAGGUCGUCUGCCGAAAGCUUGGCUGUGGAACUGCUCUUUCUGCCCAAUCAAAUGCCUACUUUGGUCAGGGCAAUGGCACCAUCUGGAUGGAUGAUGUGACAUGCAAUGGGUCGGAGUCCUCUUUAGGAAAUUGUCCUCACCUGCCAUGGGGGCAACACAACUGUGUUCAUGGUGAAGAUGCUGGUGUCAUUUGCAGUGCUCAAACAAGCUCAUCACCCACUACAAGGCAGCCGACAUCUCAACCAAUGGAAUCAGCGAUUCGCCUGGUUGGAGGAGGAAGCUCAUGUCAAGGCAGAGUGGAGGUCCUCUAUGCUGGUUCCUGGGGCACGGUCUGUGAUGAUUUCUGGGACAUCAAUGAUGCCCAGGUUGUCUGUCGCAUGGUCGGCUGUGGAGCUCCUCUUUCUGCCCCAUCAAAUGCCUUCUUUGGUCUGGGCAAUGGCACCAUCUGGCUGGAUGAUGUCAGAUGCAAUGGUUCUGAACCCUUUCUGGGACCAUGUUCUCAUCGCCCAUGGGGACAGCAUGACUGUAGCCACAGUGAAGAUGCUAGUGUCAUUUGCAGCGCUCAAACAAGUGCAUCAACCACGACAAGGCAGCCAACAACUCAAGCUCCUGAGACAGCCAUUCGCCUGGUUGGAGGAGGAAGCUCAUGUCAAGGCCGAGUGGAGGUCCUCUACGCUGGUUCCUGGGGCACGGUCUGUGAUGAUUUCUGGGACAUCAAUGAUGCCCAGGUUGUCUGCCGAAAGGUUGGCUGUGGAGCUGCUCUUUCUGCCCCAUCAAAUGCCUACUUUGGUCAGGGCAUUGGCACCAUCUGGCUGGAUGAUGUGACAUGCAAUGGGUUGGAGUCCUCUUUAGGAAAUUGUCCUCAUCUGCCAUGGGGGCAACACAACUGUGGUCAUGGUGAAGAUGCUGGUGUCAUUUGCAGUGCUCAAACAAGCUCAUCACCGACUAUAAAGCAGCCGACAUCUCAACCGAUUGAAUCAGCGAUUCGCCUGGUUGGAGGAGGAAGCUCAUGUCAAGGCAGAGUGGAGGUCCUCUAUGCUGGUUCCUGGGGCACGGUCUGUGAUGAUUUCUGGGACAUCAAUGAUGCCCAGGUUGUCUGUCGCAUGGUCGGCUGUGGAGCUCCUCUUUCUGCCCCAUCAAAUGCCUUCUUUGGUCUGGGCAAUGGCACCAUCUGGCUGGAUGAUGUCAGAUGCAAUGGUUCUGAAUCCUUUCUGGGACCAUGUUCUCAUCGCCCAUGGGGACAGCAUGACUGUAGCCACAGUGAAGAUGCUAGUGUCAUUUGCAGCGCUCAAACAAGUGCAUCAACCACGACAAGACAGCCAACAACUCAAGCUCCUGAGACAGCCAUUCGCCUGGUUGGAGGAGGAAGCUCAUGUCAAGGCAGAGUGGAGGUCCUCUAUUCUGGGUCCUGGGGCACGGUCUGUGAUGAUGACUGGGACAUCAAUGAUGCCCAGGUCGUCUGCCGAAAGCUUGGCUGUGGAACUGCUCUUUCUGCCCAAUCAAAUGCCUACUUUGGUCAGGGCAAUGGCACCAUCUGGCUGGAUGAUGUGACAUGCAAUGGGUUGGAGUCCUCUUUAGGAAAUUGUCCUCACCUGCCAUGGGGGCAACACAACUGUGUUCAUGGUGAAGAUGCUGGUGUCAUUUGCAGUGCUCAAACAAGCUCAUCACCCACUACAAGGCAGCCGACAUCUCAACCGAUUGAAUCAGCGAUUCGCCUGGUUGGAGGAGGAAGCUCAUGUCAAGGCAGAGUGGAGGUCCUCUAUGCUGGUUCCUGGGGCACGGUCUGUGAUGAUUUCUGGGACAUCAAUGAUGCCCAGGUUGUCUGUCGCAUGGUCGGCUGUGGAGCUCCUCUUUCUGCCCCAUCAAAUGCCUUCUUUGGUCUGGGCAAUGGCACCAUCUGGCUGGAUGAUGUCAGAUGCAAUGGUUCUGAACCCUUUCUGGGACCAUGUUCUCAUCGCCCAUGGGGACAGCAUGACUGUAGCCACAGUGAAGAUGCUAGUGUCAUUUGCAGCGCGCAAACAAGUGCAUCAACCACGACAAGGCAGCCAACAACUCAAGCUCCUGAGACAGCCAUUCGCCUGGUUGGAGGAGGAAGCUCAUGUCAAGGCAGAGUGGAGGUCCUCUACGCUGGUUCCUGGGGCACGGUCUGUGAUGAUUUCUGGGACAUCAAUGAUGCCCAGGUUGUCUGCCGAAAGGUCGGCUGUGGAGCUGCUCUUUCUGCCCCAUCAAAUGCCUACUUUGGUCAGGGCAUUGGCACCAUCUGGCUGGAUGAUGUGACAUGCAAUGGGUUGGAGUCCUCUUUAGGAAAUUGUCCUCAUCUGCCAUGGGGGCAACACAACUGUGGUCAUGGUGAAGAUGCUGGUGUCAUUUGCAGUGCUCAAACAAGCUCAUCACCGACUAUAAAGCAACCGACAUCUCAACCGAUUGAAUCAGCGAUUCGCCUGGUUGGAGGAGGAAGCUCAUGUCAAGGCAGAGUGGAGGUCCUCUAUGCUGGUUCCUGGGGCACGGUCUGUGAUGAUUUCUGGGACAUCAAUGAUGCCCAGGUUGUCUGUCGCAUGGUCGGCUGUGGAGCUCCUCUUUCUGCCCCAUCAAAUGCCUUCUUUGGUCUGGGCAAUGGCACCAUCUGGCUGGAUGAUGUCAGAUGCAAUGGUUCUGAAUCCUUUCUGGGACCAUGUUCUCAUCGCCCAUGGGGACAGCAUGACUGUAGCCACAGUGAAGAUGCUAGUGUCAUUUGCAGCGCUCAAACAAGUGCGUCAACCACGACAAGGCAGCCAACAACUCAAGCUCCUGAGACAGCCAUUCGCCUAGUUGGAGGAGGAAGCUCAUGUCAAGGCAGAGUGGAGGUCCUCUACGCUGGUUCCUGGGGCACGGUCUGUGAUGAUUUCUGGGACAUCAAUGAUGCCCAGGUUGUCUGCCGAAAGGUCGGCUGUGGAGCUGCUCUUUCUGCCCCAUCAAAUGCCUACUUUGGUCAGGGCAUUGGCACCAUCUGGCUGGAUGAUGUGACAUGCAAUGGGUUGGAGUCCUCUUUAGGAAAUUGUCCUCAUCUGCCAUUCGGGCAACACAACUGUGGUCAUGGUGAAGAUGCUGGUGUCAUUUGCAGUGGUCAAGCAAGCUCAUCACCCACUACAAGGCAGGCGACAUCUCAACCAAUUGAUUCAACCAUUCGCCUGGUUGGAGGAAGCCCAUGUCAAGGCAGAGUUGAGGUCCUCUAUGCUAGCUCCUGGGGCACGGUCUGUGAUGAUUAUUGGGAUAUGAAUGAUGCCCAGGUCGUCUGUCACAUGCUCGGUUGUGGGGCUGCUAUUUCUGCCCCACAAGUUGCCUACUUUGGUCAGGGCAAUGGCACCAUAUGGCUGGAUGAUGUCAGAUGCACUGGUUCUGAAUCCUCCCUGGGAUCAUGUUCUCAUCGCCCAUGGGGGCAGCAUGACUGUAGCCACAUUGAAGAUGCUGGUGUCAUUUGCAGUGCCAAUCGCUGGUGCUCUACAGAUCUUAGUAAUGCAAAUGGAAGCAUUCUUUCAAGUAACUUUGGCAGCCAGUGUGGUGCGAGUACCCCUUACACCUGGAUGAUAAAAGCAUCUCCUGGCAAAGUUAUACUUCUUCAGUUUACCUUGUUUAGUCUAUCCAGUGACUGCUUGAAUGAACGUGUGGACAUUUACGAUGGAAACAUCACAACCCCUGACACUAAAUUGGCAACAUUCUGUGGAUCAGAUGUCCCACCUGCAAUCAGAUCUCUCUACUCAAACAUAACUUUGGUUUGGACUAAGCAACAAGUAUUGGCAGGAAGGGGUUUUCAAGUGACAUAUACGUCCGUGACACCAUUGGAUCCCAUUCGUGCAUGUGGCCAGGGCUCUCUCAUUCAGACUCCUUGGCUUGCCAGUCUAGUCAAUGGAAACGUUACAUGUGAUGCAACACUCAUCGGUGAUAGGUGGCUGAUAACAGCCGCUCACUGUACCCAGAAUGCCAGCCUGCAGGUUCAAGGUUGGCAGGCUCUGCUGGGCCAGUACCCAGUCAGAGGUGUCGUUCGCUUCCUACACAAGUUCGCCGUGCGGAGAAUCAUCGCACACGGGCAAUUCUCCACAUCACUCCCACAGGACUAUGACUUGGCACUGGUGGAGUUGGCACGCCGUGUGCCCAUCUCAGAUAUCGCCUCACCGGCUUGCGUCCCAUCAGACAGCCCCAGUUUCCCCAGCAGCACAACAGCUUGCUACUUGACCUCCUACCCCGCCUUUACAAGCGGUGUUGAAGUUCGCAUCGUCCCACAAAGAACCUGUGCCUCGUCGCGGAAUUAUGGAUCAUCGGUGAAUGUGAGGAUGCUCUGUGCUGAUGUAUCAGGUCACCCGUCUGCAUGUUGGGGCAACAAAGGAGGGGCAAUCUCCUGCUUGAACACUGAUGGGCGGUUGUACGUGGUGGGGCUUGCCAGCUGGGGCCGACAGUGCUCCCAGCCAGGCACUCCAGGAGUGUUCACCUUCAUCUCCAAGUACAGCACCUGGAUUAGCCAGCAGCAGCGGCAGGGGUAGAACAAACAUUGGUGGCAUCCACCUGCAGUACUGCACACUAAUUUUCCGUCGCUUGGGGCUGUGGAUCAAGUACUCGGACAGCAAACGGAAUAGCAAAGAAUGUGCACUCGCCACUCCCUAUUACAACGUACCCCUCUACAACACUGCUUAUUGCAAUCACGCCCUUGUUGUGCUGCACACCUCAAACUCGUUUUAGUAAGGCGUCAUGUCUAAAUGUUAACGAUUGACACACUAACCAACUAACUGGUCAAAGGUUUAAAGCAAUAAAUGAAUGCAUGAUCAACCAAAAUACUGAAAACAUGCAAUUUCAAAGUGUGCAUUAAGUAUAUAUGAUGCUGCUUGUAGACCAGUUGUUUGUUAAGACCUGUUUGACACAUAAUCGACAUUUACAUCCUUGUUUUCGCACGAUAUGCUUGAUUAUCUAAGAAUUAUCUGUCAUUGUCAAAACCAUUUAUCUACUACCCAAUUUACAAAUUCCUCAUCAGUGCUGUGACGGAUGUGAAUUCUGUAACCAAAUGCAGAUGAUACCAUCCAAUUUAAAAUAACUCAAUCACUCAAAUAUCACCUUACAUUGCGUCGUAUUACAUUGUAUAAUACAAUUAACCUUGAAUACAUGUAAGUAGCCAUUCGCCAUAUAAUGGGCACCACGAAAUUAUCUACAUAAAAUGUAUGUUAUCCACUCAGUGCAUCAUAUUCUCACAGUAAAUAAUUAUACAUCAGACAUGAUCCACUUCACUGCUACUCCAUUCUAGUAUUUUUCUGAGGCAAUAUAUAACAUUGCCAUAUGCAAUUAUUACUUAGAUGUACGCAAAUGUAGCAUGUAUUACUAAUUAACCCAAUUUAAACCUCAAAAUAAUCUUGAAGUACUAUAUUUCACUAACUUCCUUAUGCAAUUUGUUUUUGUGAGGAAGUAAAGGCAUCUUAAAUCUUGUCAAGCAUGAUAUAGUUUGUUCUCGUGUGAUUUCACAAUUAAUAUAUUCUGUCGUUCAGUGCAUCCACUGAAUCUGAAACGUAUAUGUUUACUAUGAUUUUACGAUGAUUAUUGGGGAAAAGGAUUAAAAUAAUAUAUUAGUUUUAAAUAAUAAUUACAUAAUUCAGUGUAUUAUGAAUAUAGAAUAAAGCAAUACAAAACAUC